GGAGCCCGCUUGGACUCUCCCUCCCACCUUCUCGCUCAGGCCCCCGCCUCUUGGCCCCUGCCCUGCCCAGAGUAGUUCCCAGCCUGCGCACGGGGAGCCCGGGAACAUGGCGCUUGGAGCGAUGUAGCCGUCAAGAAGAAAGGGAUGACGAGCCCCGGUGCUUCGCUGACAGCCGGCCAGCAGAAAUACGCUGUGGCGAAAUGUUUCCACCACUUGCCAAAAUGAACACUGAGGAAAAUGAAGAAAACUGAAGAGCCCCGGCGGAACUUUCCAGAACAGAAAUAGUCGCUCUCCUUUGGAGUCUUUCAUUCCUCCACAGUCAUCGUACAAAGGUUUCUGCAUCAUGUUUGGAAAGAAAAAGAAGAAGAUUGAAAUAUCGGGCCCAUCCAACUUCGAACACAGGGUUCACACUGGGUUUGAUCCUCAAGAACAGAAAUUUACUGGCCUCCCCCAGCAGUGGCACAGCCUGUUAGCUGAUACGGCCAACAGGCCGAAGCCCAUGGUAGACCCUUCAUGCAUCACGCCCAUCCAGCUGGCUCCUAUGAAGACCAUCGUUCGAGGAAACAAACCCUGCAAGGAAACCUCCAUCAACGGCCUGCUGGAGGAUUUCGACAACAUCUCGGUGACCCGCUCCAACUCCCUGCGGAAAGAGAGCCCGCCCACCCCGGGGCCUGGGCCCGGGCCGGCCGGCCUGCGCCAGCGCCGCGCGCAGGAAAACGGCUUCCUCUCCUUCUCGCAGUACUCCAGCGAGUCGGACAGCGCCGCCGACGGCCCCGCCGGCGACAAGGCCCGGGACAAGGGGCUCUCCGCGGACAGCUGGGAGCCCUACUUUCAAGGCAGCCCCGCCACCAAGCAAAAUGGGCACGUGGUGAAACUGAAGCCCGGGGAGGCCUACUAUCUGGAGAGGAAGCCUUGGAAAUGCACCCUCUCCAGAUUCCCGGGCGAGUACCACGCGCCCUUGGACGCCCUGAGCCAGCCCAGCGAGUACCAUGACCUCCAGUGGGACCACCCGCGGGCCUCCAGCUGCUCGCCGCUGGACUACCGAGACCCGUUCCCCUUCGCCCCGUCGACCCCGGCGGGGCCCAGCCUGGCCUACAGCGAAAGCGACUGGGGCUCCAGCCUGGAGGACGACGAGCGGAGGCCCAAGUCGUCCUACCUGCAGCGGACCAGCCCGCAGCCCGCCAUGCGGCAGAGGUCCAAGUCGGGCUCGGGGCUGCAGGAGCCCCUGAUGCCCUUUGGGGCAAGCGCAUUUAAGACCCACCCCCAAGGACACUCGUACAACUCCUACACCUACCCUCGCCUGUCCGAGCCCACGUCGUGCAUUCCCAAGGUGGAUUACGACCGAGCGCAGCUGGUCUUCAGCCCUCCGCUGUCCGGGUCUGACACCUAUCCCAGGGGCCCCGCCAAACUACCUCAAAGUCAAAGCAAAAUGGGCUACUCUCCAAGCAGCCACCAGUCCCCGUCUGGGUACCACCAAGCCACUCUGUACCACCAGCCUUCGCUGCAGGCCAGUUCGCAGUACAUCUCCACCGCUUCUUACCUGAGCUCUCUAAGUCUCUCAUCCAGCACCUACCCCCCACCCCGCUGGAGCUCUUCUUCAGACCAGCAGCCCUCCCGGGUGUCCCACGAACAGUUCCGGGCUGCCUUGCAGCUAGUGGUGAGCCCAGGAGACCCCAGGGAAUACUUGGACAACUUUAUCAAAAUUGGGGAAGGGUCGACGGGCAUUGUGUGCAUCGCCACAGAGAAACACACAGGGAAGCAAGUGGCUGUGAAGAAAAUGGACCUCCGAAAGCAGCAAAGACGCGAACUGCUUUUUAACGAGGUGGUCAUCAUGCGGGAUUACCACCACGACAAUGUGGUUGACAUGUACAACAGCUAUCUUGUCAGCGAUGAACUCUGGGUAGUCAUGGAAUUCUUGGAGGGUGGUGCCUUGACAGACAUAGUUACUCAUACCAGGAUGAAUGAAGAACAGAUAGCUACUGUCUGUCUGUCCGUGCUGAGAGCCCUCUCCUACCUUCACAACCAAGGAGUGAUCCACAGGGACAUCAAGAGUGAUUCCAUCCUCCUGACCAGUGAUGGCCGGAUAAAGUUAUCUGACUUUGGUUUCUGUGCUCAAGUUUCUAAAGAAGUGCCAAAGAGGAAAUCGCUGGUUGGCACUCCGUACUGGAUGGCCCCUGAAGUGAUUUCUAGACUACCUUAUGGGACCGAGGUGGACAUCUGGUCACUCGGGAUCAUGGUGCUAGAGAUGAUUGAUGGGGAGCCUCCUUACUUCAAUGAGCCUCCACUGCAGGCAAUGCAGAGGAUCCGGGACAGUUUACCUCCAAGAGUGAAGGACCUACACAAGGUUUCCUCCAUGCUGCGGGGCUUCCUAGACCUCGUGUUGGUGAGGGAGCCCUCUCAAAGAGCCACAGCCCAGGAACUCCUUGGACAUCCAUUUUUGAAACUCGCAGGCCCACCGUCAUGCAUCGUUCCCCUCAUGAGACAAUACAGGCAUCACUGAGCCCAGAGCCGCGCAGUGAAGCACUAGAUGUGGGCUGGAGGACAAGUCAGGAGCACACGAGGAACCCCCGGGCCCGUGCAAAAGGCCUGUGCAUUCCAGACCAGCUGAUUGGUCGGCCAGUGUGAUGACCAGCAGGGUUGGACAGACCAGGGCAUCUUCUUGCGUCUCACUUAAAUAGGCAUCCCUCCACUGACAGCUGGCAGGGGCAUGGGCAGCACGGCUUUGCUUAACCCGUUCCAUGUUCCAGCCCUCAUCCAGUAACUCAGAAGGACUCAAUCAAACUCCGUUAUGCUAGAUCCUAGCCACAUGCAGGGUAACGCAUAGGGUUUUCUAUUUCGAAAGAAUACUUUUCUGGCAAAAAAAAAAAAAAGAAGAAAAGAAAGGAAAAUAAAAAGCACUUUUUUCUUAAUGGUAGCAAUGUAAUGUAUUUUGCAAUGGAUUUGUAAUUUUUCUGUACGAUAGUUUUGAUAAUUUAUAGUACUUUGAUGUCACGUAGCUAUUGUAUCAGUUGGAGUAAUAGUUGUUUCCUAGCAGGAGUUUGAACAAAGCCUUUCCUACUUUUUUAUCCCUUUCAGAGAACCAACGAUUCUUUAGGACCUUUGAUACCGAAGGAAUCUCUCAGUCACCGUCAGCUUUAGUAGACUCUUUCUUAUUUUAACAAGUGUCUUAUAUGAUGGACGAAGAAUUCAGAGUGAUGGUGAUGGUGGUGAGCAUUUCAUUUACCCAACCAAAAAAAUAAGCCACAGCAUACCACCCAAACAGAUCCUUGGGAUAACGCUAAAUAAUUUGAAAAAUACCCCUUUCCUUCAAGGCUCCUGAUUGCAGACCAUUUGUUGCAUGGCAGGACAGUGCUAGUUCCCUCCUUCAAGUGGGUAUGGCAUCCCCUUGUGGCCAAAUUCCCCUUCCAAGGUGCAAUUUCAGUGCUAGGAUCAUUGCACAUAGUUCCCCAAAUUGAAGGUUUCAAAGAAGCUGUGAAAAAAAUCAGUCUCACAAAAAGGGAAGGAGAGAGACGGGCAAGAUGUUUGGUUUCAUCUGUCGCUGUGUAGAAACUGUAUGCUAGCACACCAAACUCUUGUCUGUAUUUGCCUUUGUACCCCAGUAUUCAUCGCUAUCGUUCAUGUGUUGUGCUGGAAGACUGAACUGACUCUAGAGAAUGACUUACCAAGGGGCUAUUGUACCAGGUCUGAGAAGACCAGUGUGACCAUGUCUUCAUGCGUUCCUCACAUAGGAGUCGUGCUGCUGUCUAGAUCUUCUUGAAUGUUGAUAAAAUGAAUGACUACUACAAUACAUUUUUGUGUUGCUUGUUGGAUGAAUUUGCAUGUUAACUGUAGGCCAGUAUAGAUUUGCCUUUAAAACUCUGGAAGAGCUACAUAGUCAUUGUUAGGUUCUAUUAAUUAUGCAUCAAACAAAAGCCAUUUGUUACCAGACUAGAACACCAGAGGCUUUUCUUACUGACUUGACAUAUUGUUCACAAAUCUGAUGUUUAAAUUUGUCAACAGGCUCUGGUUGCUCUAAACGUAAUUACGAAUUUUUGUAAUUAAUAGGUUGCUAAUUAUUUAUUAUAGUUUAAAAAGGGGAAAGGGCAUAAAAUGACCUUCUAAUAAUUAGAUUGUCAGUUUUCCCCCAAAUUGGCAAUGCCUCACCAUAAUUAGGAUCUAUGAUUUUGUUUCCCAAAACUCAGCAGAUCGAUGUGGUAUGUAAAGCAUUAAAAUAGCGAUGUAAUAAAAACUAUCUAAAUUCAGAAAAUUGCAGCCCUAAAAGUUCACGAAACCGAUGACAUUAAUUAAAACAAGACUAUGUAGAAGUUGAAAGGAAAAGAAAAACUUUUUAACCAGAACAAAUAUUCGUGACUAUUGCAGAAAAUAGUGGAUUUUGGAUUCCAAACAUUUUUUGAAAGUGUAAUGGAAAUUUUUUCUGUACUUUUCUUAUCACUGAGUAUUUUUUAAAGUAUCCAUUGAGUUUACCAAAAGUUACUGCAGCUUAAAAAGUUUUGUGACCACUACCUAUUGGCAGAAAAUGCACUUGCAAAUAAAAUAAAUGUUUGCCUUUUC